ACCUCUCUUCGUCGUUUUUAAUUCUGAAGGGUGUCGCGACAGACAAAAUAAUACUUUUUUUUUUUCUGUUCGACUUUCUCGCAUGGUUGUUGCAAAAUAACCAACAAUUCUACACAAAAUCGUAAUUAAAAACAAUUAAUAUUUAUUUGUGCGUGAAUUCUCAUUGUUAUUCUAAUGUAAUUUGUGUUUACUAAGCGAUUAAAAAACCGCAACGCAAUACUCUGUGUAUGUCUACCGUAUCACUUCACUUCAAAGAAAAAAAAGUGAAUUAUAUUUUCCUCCAUUCUCCGGCUGCCUUUGUGAAAUUAACUUAUUGUUUCGUGAUAGAAUAUUCAAAAAUUAUUAAAUUAAACUUUUAAGAACAGAAUUUGAUUAAAAUAUAAAAAAGAAAACCAAAUUCAGUGCCGCAGCAGCAGUUCUUGGACAGGAGAGUGCCAAAGAAGAGAAAAUAAAAUUGGAACCCAGCGUGACGCAGAUUUUAAAAAUAGCGCAAAACAAAUCCAAAAAUAUUUUUUUUUUCGUUUGCUUUUGAUUAUAAACUUGCCGAGGUUAACAACUAGAGAAAAACGUGAACAAAAACAAAAAGAACAACACAAAAAAAAAUUAAAUAAAUUAAGAAGAAUUGCUGCCGCUAGUUUGUUUGCUUUUACAUUUAGCCGCGGUCGUAACUUGUAGCUCGUAGCUAGUAUCUGCGGCUGGUCUUACUAACCUAACCAAUUAAUUUCCAUUCGAGAAAAGUUCUUAGAGCAGCGUCAACUUUUAUACACGAGAUAGAUCAUCAGUUUUAGUUGAUUGUUCGUGGUUGUUUUUGUUUUCUUAUUAGCGCUUAGACAUUGGAUUUGUGCCCGUGUCGUAUGGUGAAACAUUUUAAGAACUCAUCAAGGUGAUGUACGCAUUUAUAAACAACUCAAACUCGACAAAAAAAAACCAGUGAUAAAAGGGAAUUCCUUUGCUGGUACUGCUUGAGUUCGAAUGUGGAGCUAGGGUUGCCAAACGAUAAUUAUAAUACUCAAAAUACCUGAAGGCAGAGAUAUAUAAAUACAAGCUGAAGAACUUAACAAAUGCGAUUGCAUUUUGGAUUUUUGGACAGAAUCAAAAACGCUUAUAACAAUUUGACACCAUGAAUAACAAAAUGGAAGACUUAGACAAACUAACGGACAGCGAACUGCGUCAUCGUCUUCUGCAGUAUGGUUUUCCCAAUAUGCCGGUCACCGAGACAACUAGGAAAAUUCUCAUCAAGAAGCUCCGCAACCAUUUGACCAACGAGAAGGCCAAGCUGAAACGUCAAACCAACUAUGUAACACGUUACUCAUCCGACGAAGAAUCCGAUCAAAAUCCAAUAACGCCCUCGCCCAUACGAGGCCGUUCAUCGGUAAUGUCAAACUUUCGCACCACAUCAUCCACAUCAAAAACAUCACUAUCCAAGACAACACCCAACAAAAUGCCACCACCAGCAUCACCCAUUGUGCUAACCAGGCGAUCGGCAGCUUCAAAUCUUUCGUCGCCACCACCACCCACUCCAUCGUCUUAUACUGCAAACAAAUCAACAGGCUACUCAAGUCCCAGCAGUAGCCGAUAUAGUUCGUCGCCAAAGCAGAAGACAUCUCCGAAAAUCUACGUCCCACCACCAAUUCUGGCAUCGGAAAGCGAAGAAGAAUCGGAUUAUCUGUCGUACACCCCGAAGCAGUACAAUAAUUCACCGCCACCAGCAAGCACAUGGACAUACUCGAGUCCGUAUGUGCCGGCGACGCCGAAUAAUAUCACUCUUGACAGGAGUCUCAAUUGUUCGUGGAACACAUCUUCGUUGUAUCAAAACAAUGCCCCAACCUCUCACGUCUCGGCUUCGGCGUCAAACUCACCGAACAACAACUGCAACGGUCAGGGCACCAAUAAUGACCUAGGCUAUGGCGGCGACUUCACCAAGCGAUUGCUGAAACUCCGCGGAGAAACCAUCAGGGAUAGUAUCCUUCAGAAGCGCAGCAGUACUGGUGCAGCGAAACAACCGCUGCGCCAGAUCCACACAACCCCAUCGGUCGACCCGUCUGACAUCGUUUACCAACAGUCAGAGCGAUCGGAUAGCAACAUAUCACCCAGUACAGCAUUUGCCCAGUUGGUAGCGCGUCUCGACGAACAGUACGGCUUCAAGCAGACUUUCAUUCCAUGCGCUCUGGUUAGCAUCUUGCUUUUGUUUUUCUUCUUUGUCGCGUUCUUCUACAUGACUAUCAGUCCGGACCUUAUCAGCACCAUCAACGAGAAGAAUACCGAGUUCACUAUUUGCAAUCCGCACCAUGCUGAUUCGGCCAUAGCAACUGCAGGGUAUUCGUGCGUUGAAAAGGAUCAACUCCAAGCAGCGGUUCUUAUGUUGAAAUAUCUUAUGCCCGAGCUGCAGAAACGGGCCGAAGUCCAUUUCUGCAAAGACGCUUCCCAGGAACCCACUAUAAGCGCUAGAGACUUUGUCAAGCACCUGCACAAACUCGGUUUGACUACAGAUGUUCGCAAGACCCUCAAGGAUCUUCACAAUGCUGAAUAUUUGAUUGAGAAAAAUCCCCAAUGGAAGAUAAGACAUGUGUCACCGGUAUCCAAAGAAAUCAUGGCAUUCCAUGAAGUUGUCAAGCUGCGACCAACUCAAGGGAACUCCUUCACUAUCGAGAACCCUCGUCUUCCCAUCACCUGCACGAUCUCCAACAAGAUCCAGCAGUUCUUCGUGAUCAUAGGAUCGGCGACUCUCCUUGCCGUUGCAGUGCUUGCGAUCCACAUCGGCUACCGCUACAUCCAGAGUCGCCGCAAGACGCGAGCCGACGCCAUUGAGUACUACACAAACGAAAUAAUCACUGAGCUCAUGCGAAGAGCCAUCAGUCCCGACUCAACCCAGUCGGACGUGGUGGUCAAUCACCUCCGUGAUAAGCUGAUUCCACUGCACAAACGAAAACAGAUGCAAUCCGCCUGGAACGAGGCCAUUCAAAACCUCGAGCUCAACGAUAGUCGCAUUCAAUUCGAUCUGGCGCUGCGCAAUGGCGAGGAGUGCAAAACAAUGAAAUGGAUCGCCAAUGUCUCCGCCGAUAUGCUGGCUCGCACCGCCAACACCCUCAAACAGUGGCACAGUCCGGCUUUUGACAAGUCAAACAAAAUCGCAAACCCGCCUACAAAUUGCCUAAAAAUCCGUCAAAUGUUCGAGCCGCUCGAAGCGAACAAUCCCAACCUGAAGACCAUCAUCCAGGAUGCAAUUCUAGAGAAGGUCGGUCCCAAAUGCAAAAUCUACGACAUCCAGCUAGAUAAGCAGAGUUGUUGUGUCUACGUUCGGUGUGCUACCGAACACGACGCUGGCAUAGUUCACAACGAAAUCAAUGGCUGGUGGUUCGAUAAACGUUUGGUUUCUAUUAAGUUUUUGCGACUACAACGCUACCUCAGUCGGUUCCCGAAAUCAGCAUCGGGACCGAUGUGCCUUCAUCCAUCGAAUGCAAAUAAUUCGUCGAUGACGCAGUGUUCGAAGGACUUUGCCGGUGUGGUCAAUGGGGUGAAUGACGAAGAGGACGAUGACGAUGAAGAUGAUGAACUUGACGAAGAGGACUCAUAAUUUAUGGAGGAAAAAUUGAAAAUUUAUCACAGCGAUAGUGUAAGGGAAGAAGUAAGAAAAACAACAACAAAAACAACUGCUACAGCUCUAGUUAAGCCUUUUACUUAAAUUAACUCUUUUUUUUCUAAGAAAUUUUUUUUAUUUUUUGUUUUUUCAAUUCUUGUUUCUUGUUUUCUUUUUUUCAACAAAAGAAGACAACAAAAUAUAAUAAUAUAGUUGUAUAUUUUUAAGAUUUAUAUAAGUUCUUUCUCAUCUUUCUUUCUUUCUCCUCCUUCUUUCUUUUCACUCAUUUAGGUAUUUAGUUGUAAUAAAAGAAAAAGUUGAGAGAUUAACAAACGCACAGAUUUGAAAUGGAAAUAUGUUAAAUUGUAAUGGAAUUAUUUGGCAUGCUUGAAGAGCUAACUUUGACUUAAACUUCAUUCAAGUCUCUCCGAAUAUUAUAUCCUAAAAAAAUUAUGCAACGACCUUAUUGAAAGAACAUCUGUAUGACAGUAUGUCACUUUUUCAUAAAACAAAUUAGUGGUAUUCAAAUUUUUAUUGAGAUUUCAUCCAUAACUUGAACUGAAUUUUGUAAGCUUUAAAUUUUUGUUUCCAAAUCAAUAAAACAAAAAAACGUGGCAUUUCUUAAAACAAACAAUAUUUGCAUUUUUUAAAGUGCUUAAAUCUUUUCGUUAAAAUUCUAUUGCAAGAAGUAAAUUAAAAAAUCAGAAUCAAUUUGUAAUUAUUUGUAUGUCAUGUUCUAAGUUCCCUUUUUUAUGGAUCGUUUUUUUUUUAUGGAUUGUGUUUGUUAAACCUAACUAAGCUUUACAUAUAUAAAAUUGAAACAGACAUUAAAAAAAAACACUAACCAUUAUUUUUCUUUAAAAUGAGAUUUUUACUAAAGUGAUUGUAAAUUACAAACAAACAAAAAAUAAAGAAAAAAAUAAAUAAUAAUUUGUUAAAAUGUAGAGAAAAAGAAAAACAUUAAAUUAAUAAUAAUUGUCAGCGGAAAUUUCUUUUACUAUUUAGUUUUAUUUUCAGCACUUUGUGUAAGUUAAUAAAUGAAUAUAACUUUUA